AUGAGCAAGGACGAUCCAAAUUUACGAGUAAAACGAGCUCACAGCAAUGUUUGUCAACUCAAAAAUAUUGGACCAAAAAGUAGUGCACCCUUCAAAUUUAUUCUUGAGACAACACCAUUCCCAGAUGACGAAGAUGAUGCACCACCAACGGGAGACUGGGUUAUUACUGGACGAGUAUUGCCGAAUUCAGAUCUUUACAAAACAGGUUCUAUUCGGAUCCAACUGGUAGUAGGCCCUGAUUAUCCAUUUGGACCACCAAAAGUUUACGUCAGAAGUCCUAUUUAUCAUCCUAAUAUAGAUAAAAACGGUGAGGUUUGCAUUGAUAUGUUGAGUAAUAAAGAUGCAUGGAAGCCACAAACUUCCUUUGUUGCCAUUAUUGAAGAAAUAAUCAAAAUUAUCGAUAACCCUGCUAUGGAUCAUGUUAAGCAUCCAGAGGCAGCUAGUUUAUUUGAUACUAACAAAGUGGAAUAUGAACGAAUUGCAAAAGAUUUAUUUACGAAGAAUUUUCUGCCAAGAGACUGA